GAAUGCGUAAGGUAUUAGUAUUAGGGUAUAAUAUUUUAUUAGAAUUAUCAUAAUAUGAAGGGAAAUGACCUUCCUCCUGUACUAUGUCUAAAAUAGUCCAAACAUAUUCCUGUAUUCUGCCAUUAUUGUAGGUAGUUGAGUUGUAUUGGAAAUGGGUACUUUCUGAUUUUGGCCACAGGUCCAAAACAUUUCAUGUGGUUCCCAAACCUGAUCAUAAUUAUAACUAAGAUAAGUAUCUUUCCGUCUUAGUGCACAAGAAAUGGAUAACUCAAGUGUACUUCUAGCAUAGUAAUCAAAGUGCCAAGUGCCUAAAAUACGUUGGUGUUAUUUUUUCCUUUUGACCCUAUGGAAGUAUUAUGUCAUUAAUAUUUAAUAUAAUAACCAAAUCAUCAUAGUCAAAUGUUUUCACCUGAUUUUUAGAAUACAACUUAAAACAUUGAGCUCAAAUCCAAUAAUUCUUGGAUUAGGCCUAUCAAAUCCGAUAAUUUUCUGAAGAUUGUCGGGUGAUGUAGUGACAUUGAUGCGAAAUGCAAUGUUGUCUGAAAAGACUGCCAUAAAUUUCACAUUAUUAAAUGAAGCAAAAUGCGAGAAACCCGUCAUUUGUGGAUAGGAAACCUUGCAGAUAAUAUUCGUGAAGAGCGGAUUGCAGAGCACUUCAAAAGAUAUGGCAAGAUUGACAAAGUCCGUUUCCUGCCAAGACGCAGUGGAGAAACAGGACUGUCUGCCUGUGUUGCUUUCAUGGACAUUCGAUCAGCUCAGAAAGCAAAAAGUGGAGUGAAUGUUUUGGGAGAUCGUGAACUUAUUACAGACUAUUUUGAUCCAGCCGCUCGCUCUUCAUCAGGUGCAGCUGAUGAAGCUCCUAAACAUGGCCAGCAACAACAACAACAGCAUCGCACCAACCAGACUCGACGAUAUGAAGCGCAUAGAGAAAGUGCUGUUGUUGGGGAAGAAAAACCUGGAUAUGGCGACAGAUACAGCAGAGAUAGACAAGCAUCUUAUGAUAGAAGUUAUCAGACGUCGAAUAUCCAAGCUGGUGGAACAGAAAAUUAUGACAGUGACAGUAGAGGGAGAAUUGAGGGAAACAUCAAAGUCAAGUCAAGAUCUAAGGGUUCUAAUUCUUCUGCUAAAGCUUCUCACGAUCCAUCUAGCAAAAAGCACAAAGCUGACUCAGCCAAAAGUGCAAAAAAGAAAUCUAAAAAGAUGAAGGAUGAAGAUGGCAGGCAGAAACAAACUGGACCUAAGAAAAUAAAACAAAAGCACGCUAAAGAAAGGGGAAGAUCACCCACUGUCAAGCGUAAGAAAUCUGCUAAUGCUUCGACAAGUCCAGGCGGUGGUAAAAAAUCUGGCAAGCUUGGAGCAGGAAGCAGUAGUGCUGGCAGAUCUUCGUCAAGUGGUUCUGUAAGUAUGAGUACAAGUGGAAGUGGAAGAACAUCUUCGACAUCGUCAACCUCAUCUUCCGUUUCGGGAAAUUCAUCCAGAACGAGAACCACCACCAACUCUGGCAGUGAAUCAAGCUACGAGACUGAAGGCCCACCAACACAUCAAAAGUUAGUUGCAAUGUGUAUAAAGAAACUUCCGGUCAGGCCUACAGUCACAAGCUUGAGAGAUGGUGUUUUCCACGAGUUCAAGAAGUAUGGAAAAGUUAAAUCUGUGCUUAUUCGAGGAGAAGGGGUUGAUCGACAUGCACUGGUCCUGUUUCGAACUGCAGCUGAAGCAAACAAAGCUGUCAGUCAUGCAAAAACUAAACUCCUCUUCGGUGCUGCGAUUGAAGCUAGCAUUUAUGAGGGAGAAGUUAGUGGACAAGAACUCGAAGAAGGUGGUGGUAUCAUUGAUGAAUUUCAUCCAAGAGCAUCACGAACUCUCUUUGUUGGUAACCUCGAUAAAACAGUUGGAUACAGUGACAUUCAGAAUAUAUUUAUUAGAUUUGGAGAAAUAGUGGCGAUUGAAAUUAAAAAACAGCACAAUAUACCCCAGUAUGCUUUUCUGCAAUAUACAGAUAUUCUCAGUGUGAUAAGGGCCAUUACAAAAAUGGAUGGUGAAAAAUUGGGUCGAAACACGCUAAAGCUUGGAUUUGGUAAAACCGUCAUGUCAUCUUGCCUUUGGGUUGAUGGAGUUACAGACAGUUUCACAGAAAAUUAUCUGGCAAGCUGCUUUCAGAGGUAUGGUCCAGUAAAGCAUGUCGUCAUCGAUCGAAACCGCGGCCAGGCUCUUGUAUUUUAUUCCCAAUUUGAUUUUGCUCAAAGUGCGAUGGCAAAAAUGAGGGCACGGAUACUAAAUGGUAGUCGUCUUAAAAUGGAUUAUGCCAGUAAUGAACUGAUUGAUAUUUUUCUAAAACACAUGCAAACGUCUGGUCAAAGUAUUAAGGGACUCGAAAACAUUAGACAGUUGAUGCAACCUGCUUCGUCUCCUCCAUCAUCGUCCAUGCAAGGGCCUGGAUCGUCUUAUUCUCGUGCAUCUGUAUCUCAGGAUACGAGACAACAAUACUAUGAUGAUCGUUCACAAUCAAGUUUUGGUGACGACCCAUAUGGAUCCACUGAUCCCAAUUAUCGAAGAGGUUGGCGAGGACGAAGUAGGGAUCGAUAUCAGUAUCCUCCCGAUCAAUCGUCUCGACAUGGUAAAAGAAGUUAUGAGGACUCAUAUGAAAGGCAAGAUUUUUACAGGGAGCGUUCACCACCUGCCUGGGAACACGAUGGGUAUAAUGAGAGGCGAACGACUGUAUCUUCCCAUUAUGAUCAGGAUUACAGACAGAAGGAUUAUGAUAUCCGCCGUGAACCUCGUACAUAUAAUAGAAAGUCUGCUCGCGGAAAUGUUCCGUAUGAUGAAAUGUUCCAGGGUGGUUAUCGAACUUCAAGAGAUCGAGGUAGAGAGGGAGAUAGAGAAAGAGAGAUAGAACACGUAAGAGACCGUGAUCGAGUGGGCGAACAAUAUUAUAAUCGCGCUGCUCAUUCAUCUCCAGUACAUCCUCGCUAUGUAUCGCACAGAAGUCGAAGUAUUUCUCCACAACCGAAUGUGGGACAGCGUGAUGCAGAUACAUAUAGCACAGAAAGAACAGUGACGUAUCGAAGAAGGGGUCGAAGUGGGAGUCGAUCUCCUGACCUCUCGGUUGAUUCUCUAAGAAGACGCAACUCGAUGGAAAGUAAAUCAUCCUCUCAUUCUGGAUCCAGGUAUACAUCUCGAACUGGGGAUAUUGAUAUGAGAGAGAAUAUGUCAAUACUCAUGGAAGGAGAAGACAAAUUGUCCAUCAACAGUCCGAUUGGAGAAGUUGAAUUCAAUGAAAAACAGAAAAAGCUGCGUGUCCGAAAAAGAGUAAUAGAAGAAUCACCUGUGAGAGAUUUGAGCGAUUCAUCACCAAAACCUCACCGGCGCCUCGGAUAUAAAAAUUCGGCUUCUGAAAACGAGAAGGCCUCAUCUUCAUAUCGUAAUAAAGAAGACAGGAGAAUAGUUGAAGAAACUCAGUGGGCGUCGGAAUCACCAACUUACUCUGAUAAUAGAAGUCGAAGUGGAACUCCCACUCGUGAUGAAAAUCAAGACUUGAUAGGUGAAGUUAUCAUUAAGCAACCUUCUUCAUCGAAGUCUAGUCAUAGAAUUGUAGAAAAAGCAUCUCGAACCAAAGAAGACUCCAAGCAACGCUCUGGAGAGCGCAAGGACAAAAACAAGCCCCAUGAUAAAGAUUAUCGAAAGGGGUUCACAGCUUCAGAUGAGAUUCGCAAAUUGGACAGCGCUGUGAAAGGUAAAACUGGUCGUUCCAACUCUGCAUCUCUCAUUCAAAGGGUUCAUUCCCCUUCUGAAUUAGAAAGAAAAACGAGUGCAAUUUAUACAAAAGAUUUUGAUUAUCGUAAACACAGUGUGGUUCGUUCUUCAAAAUCAAGCGGAGAUGUUGUGUCAAAACACUCAUUGAAAAUCCCAUCAAAGCAUGACGAAGCAAGUGAAAAAAUCAAGCGUUCGAAACUUCAAAGUCAUGUAAGAAGUCCCAGAGCGAGUUCUGAAUAUGGUGACGAGGCAAAAAACUCUCCACUUUCUAAUUCACCCGCUUCUGAUCAGCCGAGGCGUCGAUUGUCCAGUUCAUCAAAGCUGUUAAAAAGGGAAUAUUCACCAAGACCCGAUGAUAUGCAUGAACCAUAUUCCGAAAAAUAUUCGAAAACUGACAAUGAAAAGACAAGAAUUGUAAAUGAAAAACAGAAACAUUUAAAAGAUCGAGUCUCCAGUAGUAGAAGCAAGGAAAGAGAUGAGGAAAACAUAGAUGUCGAUGAAAGAAGAUCUUAUUCUCAAAAAAGACGACAUUCUGCUGGAGACAGUGACAGUGAAGAAAUGCACACAAAACGUGAUAGAAAAUCCUCAACAGGAGAUCAUGCUCGACAUAAGAUGUUAUCACAGAAACACGAGGCACCAAUGUCCAUUGCACGCCAAAUGUUUCUUCAAGAAGAAGACGUUGAAUCUGGGGCAGAAAGUCCGCUGCACGUUAAAGAUGGCAAAUCAAAUGUUAUUGAUGAAAAAGUUGAGAGGAGAGAUGAAUCAGAAACAGCUGAGCAAGACCAAAAAGAUGAAAAUCCAUCUGAAGAUUCACCAACUUCUGAUUUCUCAAGUGCUAAGCUUGCUGUUGCUCAGUCCCUGCUUCCGAAACGUCUCCCUAAGAGCGUUCCAACAAAAGAAACAGAAAAAACUUCACCGGCCGUUGAAGAAAAAGUCGAAAAAAAACAGUCACAAGAUGGCAAUUUGACUGAUUUAGAAAAAGAAAAAGAAAGAUUACAGCAGUUAUUGUCCAAGCUUGAUUCAGAGAAACACCUCGAUGUGAAGGCAGCUGCAGAGGUGGCUGAUGUUGUGUUGCAAGAACUGACUCAAAAAGCAAAGUCCAAAAUUCUUGCAACAAAAACAUUGAAAGAUGUUUCCAUAAUAAAAGAUUCUGUUACAGAAAAAUCGGAAAAAAUAUCCACGGAACCUUCAAGUAGUAACGACCAUGCGCAGGAAAUCAGGCAAGAAGAAAACGAAACCUAUGAAGAUGUCACAUUUGAAGAAGAAGUUGUUGUUGAUACAAUAGAAGAAGUCAUGGAAGAUGAAGUUAUCGAAAGUGAAAUUGAAGAGGUUUCUGUCAUACAUGAAGAAGUGGAAGAUCAAGUAGAAAAUCCCCCUGAAAACAUCGUCUCACAACCUGUUACAAUUGAUGUACAAGUACCUGUCCCAGUCGUUCCUGUGAUAACAGCUCCAAAAUCUGAGAACAUCGACAAUUCACAAGGAUAUCGUAAGCAAAUGGAAGCAAAGAAAAAAGAAUCGGAACAUCUUGAGAAAAAACGAGAACACAACAGAAAAAAACUGAUGAGAAAGCAAGAAAAAGAAAAGAAAAAACAUAUAAAGAAAGUGUCGGCUAUGCGAGGGCCUAGCCAAACCGUUAUCAGUUCAGUUGAUGAUGGAGAGGACGAUACGGCUUCACCAGAAGAAACUGAAGAUUUAUCAAAUCAAGAUGAAACAUCACAGGAAAGCGCAAAUAUCACAAAACAGGACGAGAAAGAUACAGAAGGAAGCUCCUCACAGGAUCAAGCAUCAAGCCAGGGUGUCGAGUCUAGUAACGUUGAUUGCAGUGGAGAAAAUUGUGAACCAUUAGAUGCAAAGAAGUCUAAAGUAACAGAGCCAAGUGGUGAAGACAAAAAAGACACGCAGAAUUUGGAUUUACAGAAACCGUGGCCUCCUGACAAACCUGGUGAUGAGAAAGUUACUUCCGCUUCGCUUGAACAAGCCAACAAUCCCAAUUCUGAUAUUAACGAAAACAAAGAAAUUACUCCAAAUCCGGUUGAUGCAAAUUUACAAACAGCAGUGGUUGAAGAUGCAAAAAACACAGAAAAUAGUGAACCUGUCCCUGGAAAGACUAUUUCACCUUUGACCCCAGGUAGUGUUGGACCUUCACCCAUGGUCACCACACCUCAGCCCGUCAGUAAAAAUCCUUCUCCACAAAGUGCGGGGCAUGGUAUAACACCAGGGUCACUCGCAAGUUCUUCAUUGUCACAAAAGUCGUCACGCAACACACCUGCGACUACUCCAUCAACUACUCGAACACCUAAUUUCACAACGCCAUCUCCCGCGUCUACAUCAUCUACGUCUUCCUCGAAAUCUCAGAACAAGCAACAUCAAACUAAAAACGCAGCUCCCAUCUCUUCUCAUAGACAGUCUGGUCAAGUUCCUUCACAUUCAUCAAAAAAGCAGAGUCACCAUAGCCGGUCAGAUCCGCAUGCAAGGAAUCGUGGCAGCCACAGUUCUGCAUCUGAUUACAAAAGAAAAGGAGGUCACCAUCAUCACCAACAUAGAACGUCAUCUUCCUCACACAGUUCAAAGUUCACAUCGGAAAGCUCAAAGAUGAAAAAUAUCAUUCCUAUUUCCAGAAGACCAAUGGCAAGCAUCACUGUGGGACUUGAUGCAAGUCCAUCAAAGCCACUGGGUAAAAGUGAAUUGGAAAGAUUAAAAAUAGAGUUGGAAUCGGUGAAAAAUCAGUUAAAUUUGGAGAUGUCACCAAGUUCGUUAUCACCAUGCUCUGAAGAUGAAGCAGCUGUCGGAAAAUCGCCUGCACAACUUUUAUCUCCUGUCAGUCCUGUUCUCAGAAGCCCAGCAGACAUGCCGGUGUCAAGAAAAGUGGAUACUACACCAUUAGCUAACACUCAAUCUGGAGUGAGCCCAAGUAGUACUCCAACAUUGACAGAUCGCUUGAAAUUGAUUGGUCGAGUAAAGAAACGUACACCUGGCUCAACACCUUCUGUCAAAAACGAAGUCACUCCUGUUCAAAAUUCUAACCAAAAGCCUGAUGAGAUCCGCCAAUCUCGAAUAUUUAGGUCAAAUAUAUUUGAUCAAGAUUCUGAAAGGUUAUCUCAUGUUCGUCGACAACUUGAAGAAGAAAAAAAUGCAGAUCAGAAGGCAAUCCCGUUUUCUAGUGGAGUUCCCUUAUUUGCCGGAUCGAAAUUUCUUGAGCAAAGUCCAGCAGUGAAUAUUUUAAGUAGUUCUGGUUCUCUGAAUAUCGCUCAGUCUUCUCUUUCAAAAGAAACAAAUGAUAAUUCAGCUGUUUCAAUGUUAUCUACUUCAAACUCUUUGCCAGCCCCCGUUGACGUCGAUGUUGCAUCCCGCCAACUCCCACUUUCUUCAUUAAGUGGGCCAAAAAACGUGUAUUCUCUCAGCAGCUCUGAACUUCCCGCUACUGCUGAGAGAAAAGCACACGAUUUUGCCGGGAAGAAUUGCAAUAUUAUUGUAGAGAAUAACGAAGACAAGAAACAUACAGAAUCUGAUGAUUUGCAAGUCGAGGUUCAACAUCUACCAGCUUUUUCUAAUGAUUUUACAAAUAGUAAUGUAGGUGUACGAGAUCCAUCACCAUCGAUGCUAAAAUCUGAAGAUCAAACUGUCUCGGAUUCUACGUCUAUCACAGAGGCAGGUGAUUUUGCUGAAGAAACAUUUAUUUUAGACAUACCAAAACCAAAAUUAGAAUUAAAAGAAAAUGAGAAUAUUGCACUGAAUGAAAAAUCAUCUUCGAUUUUGCAUACAAACUCUGAAGUUUUAGACGUUGAACCUGCUAAGGUUGAAAUGACUGAAAUUGAUCAGAAUCCCAAAACUCUUGCUGCUAUUUCAUCCAUCGCUACGCAGAAAACUGAAAAUAUUGAAACUGCGGAAAAGGACCCAAAAUUUGGGGAAAAAUCUGAUUCGAGUGUAAUUGAAAAUGAAAACCAACAACAGAAUAUAGCCACUGAAGCUGAUGUAGUUAAAGAUGAAAUUCCAGAUGCCUUAUCUGGUAUUGUCACAGAAGACGGAAAUGAUGAUCACUAUCUAGGUGAGAUAGUAGGUGACAUGGAUGUUUAUGCAGGUAGUUGUAUGGAGAUUGAAGAAACUUGCGCUGAAUUAGAAAUUGCGGAAAAUGAUGAUGACAUUGUCAUGGAUGUAUCAGAAGCUGGUGGAAGAGAGGAAUUUGAAUCAGAGGCAAAAAUCAUUGAGGAUCAAAAAAAUGAUGCAGAUUUAAAAGAACCUGUGAAAAGUAAAACUGAAAAAUCAGAAUUAACUGAAGAUAUUUUGUUGCCUGAAGCCAAAAUUAUAGACAAACCAACAUCUACUGUUGUCGAAAAGGAUGAAACUACAAAGGAGAUAAAAUCAGAUGAAAAUAUUGAUAAAGAAAAAACUGAGGAUUUAUCUGAUGAGAAAGUAAAGACCGAAACAAAAGUUAAAAGCGAGCGCAAACAACAAAAAGAAACUAUAUCUAAGGAAAAAGUAGAACAAUCAAAAUCAGUUGAAAAGGGUACAUCGGCCUUCAAAGAAAAGGUUAAGGCGAAAGUAAAACAUGCAGACAAAACUGUCAAAAUUCCCCAUGAUAAACAGGAACAUGUUAAAGAUGUUACGAAGUCUGACAAAAUUGUGAAACAUAAGAUGAGUUCUGAAAGUACCGUGAGUAAAAACACCGGCGAGCUGAAGAAAGAAAAUCCUAUUGUUGGAAAGAAAGAUCAAGUUGGGAAUAAGAAGCCUAAGCACGAUAUAAUAAAACAUAAAACUUCAAAAUCUGCCGAUACAAAACCAAAGAGUGAUGUAGUUUCUGCAGAAAAAGCAAAAUCGGAUAAAAGUAAAUCCAAAUCCCAUUUUCGGAAAGAGAAAGACUCUAAAAUUAUAACGAAAACAUCAACAUCUUCAAUUGAAGGUGACAAAGCAAAAGUGUUGCCUCCAAAAAACCAAGGUGAAACGUCUUCUCCUAAAAAGCAGCAACAGACGGAUAUAAAAUGUCUUUCAACCAGUAGCAAUAAUCCAAAAGAUGUUACGAAAAAGAAUCCCAAUCUUCAAGAUGUCGCCGCCGUCUCUAAGUCAAAAGAAAAAGAGCGAACGUCUUCUAAAGAGAGAAAAACUGUGAAAGAUAUUAAAAAAGAAAAAAAGUCAUCAUCAUCAUCAGAUAAACUACUCAGUUCAAAGUCAGAAUCAAAAAAGUCAAAGAAAGUCAAUAUAAAGGUUGAAAAAAAUGACGGAAAUCCAUCUGUCGGUCAGUCUUCAGAUAAAAGCGAAAAUGUAAAACCAAAAAUCAUCGGGGAUAAUAUUGAAGAAAUGAAACAGGAGCCGAAAACAGCAAAAGAUAAAACUGUAACUGUUUCCAGAACUGACUGCGAAAAACAAACAACUAAGCCAAUUCCUCAUGAUUCUAAGAAACAACAAGACAAAAUCCAAAAUGAAAAUCCGUCAUCAGAACCCAGAAUAACCAGCAUAAAAGAACCUGUAGAAAAUAUAUCAAGCAAGAAGAAGAAGAAAAAGAAAAAGCAAUCUGACAAAGACGUCACUGCAAAUGAGAAAGGCAAACUAACUAGAAAAAUUUCUGAAGAUCGUUCGAAAUCUAAGCCUGAGAGUUCAAAUUAUGAAAAAUCUGAUAAAAGGGAUCCUAACAUUGCUGAAAAAGUGAAAAUGUUGUCAAAAUCGAUUUCAAAUAAAUCAAAAUUGUCUUCAGAAUCUAAAAGCUUGUCUGUUGAAGUUUUAUCAGAAAAAAGUGGAUUGCACGGCGAUCGUAUCAAAUCUAAGUCACAUAAAAAAGAAAGCACGAGUGACAAAGUUUCCAGUUCUGAUAUAUCAAAGAAAAAAUCCAUCAAACCACAUGAUGAUCUCAAAGUGUCGCAUUCAUUACCGGAUAAAUCUUUAAAAGAUGUGUCUGGAACUAAGAAAAGUUCAAGUAAACAAGUGUCUAAUUUGAAAACUACUGGAAAAGCGUCAUCUGCCAGUCCAGCAUCCAUCUCGCAGUCUCGUUAUUCCAUGAUUUAUGACUCUUCAUCUAGUGAUUCUGAAAUGAGUCCAGCAAAUCCGCCUUCGAAAAAGAAAAAAGUUAGAAACGAAUCGGAAGUAGAAGAAUCAAAAAAUUUACAAAAAAGUGAAGCUGUCAGGGAUGAUAAAAACAAAAGUAAUGAGAAGUCUGGUCCAAAACGAAUGAACUGGAGCACGUCUUCCAUGUCGUCAUGUUCGUCGAUCGACGCUGGUGCUCCGCCACCUAUCCUUCCAUGCUCCUCACUGGUAACAGAGACAAUCAAAAAUGAAACUAUCCUUCCUCCAGGUUAUGAUGAUGAUGAUGCUGACGAUCGUUAUUCUGACAAAGAUGACAAAAUGGCCGACAUCCUUUUGAAUCGAAUCGAACACGAAUCGAAUGUAAAGACUGAAGAGAAAAGUGAUAGUGCAAGAGAAAUGUCACCUAUUUUAGGAGGAAAAAUAAAGAAGAAGACAACACAGCUAAAAAAAGAUUCAAAUACGAAAACACCAGACAAUGCGAUCAGGCGUCUGAUUGUAACUUCUUCUGAUAGUGAUUCGUCGGAUCAAGAACUGGUCAUAUCUAUGAGUAGCACUGAUGAUUCUGAUGACGAAAUUGGUUCAAUGUCCGCAUGGGCUAAAGUCGAUGCUGAUGCCGCUAAAGCGGAGACUGAAGAAAAGAAAACUCCACAAACUGGUAAAUCUGAAUACGGAUUAGAUCUCUCAUCAGACAGUGACUCGACAGGCGAGGAAUUCCCCGUGGUGGCAAAAACGUCUGAAAAGAAGAAAAUUGAAAGCAAUAAAGUUUCUAAAAAACUGUCCAAGAAGCCAGAAAUAUUGAAAAAGAAAACAUCGAAAUCAGGGAUGUCCAAAUCCAAGACGAAGAAAGAUUUAUUCUCUGAUAAUUCAGAUACUGAUUCUGAAGCUGAAAAAAGGGAUUCAAAUAAGAAAACGUUGACUAAGCCACCGAAAGAUUCAAAGAAGGGAAAGGAUGUCGGCCUAACACCCAGCGGUUCAAAAUUGUCUGAAUCAGCAAAAAACGCCAAAGCAAAACCACUUGUGACAAAGACUGAAAAAGUAAAAUAUAAAUCUGAUAUAGAGUUCUCAUCUUCUAGCGAUUCUGAUGAUUUUGACGCUGUUUUUACUUCAAAACAAUCAGAGAAAAAGAAAGACGUUGUGGAAAUUCCUCCUAAAUUAAAAGACUCAUCAGGUAGUAAAUCCUCAAAAGCGAUUAUUGACAAGACAAAAUCAGAUUCCAAAUUGGCAAAACGAAGUUUCAAAUCUGAUGAUAAAAAAGAGAAACUAAAAGUGAAAUCUGCUAGUGUGGAAAAGUUACCUUCUACAGAUAAAUUGAAAGACAAUUCAUCAAAAUCACACGGUGACAAAACUUUGCAAAAAAUACAACACCAUGGAACAUCAAGAUCACCAGCUAAAGAAAAAACAAAAACAGUAAAGGAAUCUACAUCAGUUGUUGACAGCUCAAAACAUGAAACUAAGGUGUCUUCCUCAAGCAAAAAAGAGCAUUCUCAUAAGUCCAAGCAUAGUGGUGGUAAAAAUGUUCCAACAACAAAAUCACACACAUCUGAUGGUAGUUCAAAGACUCCACACAAAAGUACCGGUGAAGGUGUUUUGCAAAAACAUUCGAAAAAAUCUUCUAAAACUGAUGACAAGAAAAUUUUGGAUACAAAACCAUUAGAAUCUGAAGUUUUUGUCAAAGAUCCCAAACUUCAUCAAAAACCGAAAAUUGAGUCAAAGAAUAAUGAUGCGAGUGAAAAUCCUGAUGUACAUAAACAUCACAAAAAGAAGAAGAUGAAGAAAGCACACAAACUAGAAGAAAAAAGCAAUGCGGAAUCGCAGCAUAAAGAAAAAAAGACAACUGAGCUGUCUGGGAAAGAAAGUGCCGACAAAGAGCAAAGAAUUGAGAAAGACAAACUUACAAUUCCAUCCGCCUCUCAAAGCCAAAUGAUUACAUCAAAGUUGAGUGAGAUGGAGCAGAAGGCUUUAGCACGAAGUUUGUUUAAUUCUGACAGCGAUGAUGAUGACGAUGAAAAUAUCAUUGAUGAUAAUACUGAAAAUUUCCCGCUUUCCACUUCUAAACAACAUGGUAAAGAUACAAUAUCAACUGAUCGUAAAUCACCAAAGAAAAAGGUUAAAGAAGAAAUUGCACUUGGAGAUACUAGUCAUACAAAAGAAAAAGGCCACAAACAUGAAUCUAAUUAUCAGAAAUCGAAAACUUCUCUUACUAAAAUGCCGAGUCUGCACCCAUUACAUUCACACCGGUUGUCGAGUCCAAAAUCGUCAGAAAAGCGACGUGGAAGUGCAGAAAGCUUUUUGACUACAAGCACAACUGAUGAAAGUGAUUUGGAACAGCGAAUGGCAGUUCAGUCCGCUAUAUCAUCGUUAGAUCAUGAUGAUGACAUGGCUAUUUCUCCUGAUCUAGUGGACAUUAAACAAGAAUCAGGUAAUCACGAAGAAGAGGAUGAUAACCUGCCGCCACCUUUCGUCAGUAAAACCAUGUUUGAAAAAGAUCAAAAAUCGGAGAUGGGUUUUGAUGUAAUGUCAAGCACUGAAAAGAAUCUUCCAUCCAGUCCUUCUAAGUCAUCUCAUGUAAAAUCCGAGAGUGCCAAACCAAUUCAUUCUACAGAAAAAAAGAAAAAGUCCAAAAAGGACAAGUCUCACAGAGAAAGACGAGGUCAUAAAUCAUUAAAGCCUCAUGUCCCUGGAUUUUCUUUGUCGAAGCAUGGUUUACCAUUUAGUGGAAAAGACAGACGUGAACACAUUGAUAAAUUGAAGUCAUCAUCUCACGAGAGAGAUGAAGAAGCAGUGCGUUCCAUCAUGGGUAUAUUAGAUGAAAGUUCAGAUGCAGAUUCUUACUUUUCUGACGUACGUCCAGAAGAUUCUUCAUCACAUGCAUCAAUGUUGGGAAAUCAAACUCCCGACUCAGACAGAGGACGGAGACGUAGUCUGGAUUCAGACGCCAGUACAGGACGAAGCAAAAGUUCCACAGCACCAGUUGUCGCAUCUGAUGCAUCAUUCGAAACUCUACAUGAGGUGGAACCCAAACCAGAAGUUGUUCAAACGACAGAGAAUGUAAAAGUCGAAGAUUCUACUGAUGUAAUUGAUACUCGAACGACAGCAGAAGAAAAUGAAUUAGCAGCUGCUGUUAGUUCCAUUGAAGCACUUUUUGGUGAUUUCGAUAACAAACCAUCAACAUUUGAAGACUUCUCUAGUGCUGGGAGUAGUGCAGGGUACAAUGAGCAGCAAGUUGCACAAGAUCAAGUACUCGAGCCAGAAAGUAAGUCUAAUUCUAAAGAAGAGAAGGAUUUGUCACAAGAAGACUUGGAUAGGGGUUCUGACGAGGCCGCUAUGGCCGCUUCCACGUUGCUAAUGGAAACAAAUGAAGAGGAUAACACUCCUUAUUUUGGAUAUAGGGAUUUUCAAAAUCAAAAGCCAUUGUUCGAGAAUUCAAGCAAUAGAAAAACUAGCACUGAAUCCAGGUAUUCUGACGAUGCAUUUGUAAGAAGGAGUAGUAAAGAAAUGGAUAUCGAAUUACCAUCAAUUCGUACUGAUAUCGGUGUCAUUCCAGCUACUGUAAGUGAUCAAAUCGCGGAUCAACUGCCGUCUAGUGGUCAAUCGAAACCAUCAAGAAAGAGACAACGGCAAACUAAAAGUGCAACAUCAUCUGUUCGAUCAUCGAGUCUGGAAAGUAAAUCUGAUUUAACUAUGUCAGAUGCAAGUGCGAGCGAGUCAGAGCUUCUAUUGCAUGAGACUGGAAACUCAGACAUUGUUCGGCAUGGAAAGGGAGCAAAGCAAAGAAAAAUUGGUGGCAGUCCAUCACAUAUCCAGUCUGGAAACUCCAACAAGAGUGAUUCAUAUGAUUUUGACGCAAGUUUAAAAACUCAGAGUUUGAGUUUGCCAAAACCGGAAACAUCAGUUGAAACUUUACCGUUCGUUCCUUCAAGCAACACAACUACAUUUUCCAACCUGGUGCCAUCAACAACAACCUCAAGCAUUCCUGUGUCAUCUAUCCCUCCUGCACCAUUUGUUACUGUCUCGAGCACUCCACCCACUGCUGGAACAAGAUCUUCAAGCACCGAGAAAAGUCCUCUGGACAUCAAACCACCUUCGGUGAUACCCACACAUCAACCGAGACGAACCAGUUAUGAUAUUGAAUCAUCAAAUAUAGCAGUGGGUCAAGCCAAAAGAAGAGCUUCUACGUCAUCAUCGACUGCUCCCUCACCCACUCAUGGUGGGUCACAGUUUACCCAACUAACAUCCUCUGCUUCGUCUUUCGGUGGAAUGCACAUGCCUGGGUCUUCAGUCUAUCUUUACAAUAACUCAGCUUUUCUUCCUCAAAAUCCUACAGUAAUUGGUGAUCCAACUAUAACCCAACCAUCACCCACCAUUACACAGUCAAAUAUGAACCCCGCUACACUUUCCCCUCAUCAGACAUCGCCACGAUUUUUUCACCCAACUGGGCAAGUUUUUCCGCAAGCACAUCUUACCAGUCCCCGUGCCGGUCAUCCGUCAACUACAAUGCAUUCGAUGAUCCCUAGUUCUGUCCAGCUUUCGCAGCCACAAGUUUAUUAUCCACACAUUUCUCAGGGACAUUCAGCUUAUAUGACCACCACUAUGAGGCCCAUGGUGUCAUAUGCUAAUUUGAGGCAUACAUCACCAACCUCUGCUCAGGGAAUUCAGGCUCCUUUACAAUUUGUUCCUCGCCACACUCACCCACCUCCUCAACCCAAUGCUUCAUCACAUACUAAUUUAACCAGCAUGCCGAGUCAUUUUCCCAACACGAGUAUUGUCGGAUCUAUCGGACAACAACCUGUAUCCACCAAUAACACUCACUCGAGCACGUCAUACUCUCCAGCUUUAUCUUUAUAUUCUGCUACAGCUGCUGCGUCUUUAACAACGCCCUCUUCUCGUCAACAUCAAGCACCACAAGCGGUACAACAGAGGAUUCCAGAGACCAGUCAGACGGCUCAGCACCACGUCGGAGUCCCCACAUAUCCUCAUGCACAUCAUGUUCGACCACAUCAGCCCCCAGUUUCCACUCAGGCAUCGAUUCCGCAGAAUAUCGUCACGGCGACUCGUACAGAUACAACACCAAAAUCACUUCCCAGACCCCAGCUUAUACCUCAGGGUAUGUUUCCUCAUGGAUAUCCAUUGCCUACACAGAUAUCGCCAAAAGGUUUUCCACAACAACCUUUUCCAAUUCUUUCACCAACUCGACAUUCUGCCGCACAGAUUUCCCCUUCAUCUGCAAUUCCACCUACAACUCCGCAAACACAAGAUAAAAGUAGAGCAGGAAUACAAAGGCAACCAUCAGAUCCAUAUCUGAUCAAACCAAAUGUUCCACCACAAUCUACUCAAACAGUAUCUUUAGCUUCUCCUCAUAUCAAAAUUACAGAAACUACAGGACAAGUGGUUACUGAAAAGACAGAAGCACCUCGACCACAGCCACCGAGCCCAGCUGUUCCGAAUACAUCACAACCGGUAAUGCCACAAAUGCCGCCACAGAUGUUUGCUCAUCACCCACACAUGUACUAUCCACAAGGUUUACAUACAUUGCCAGGAGGAUUUCCUGGAUUGCCAUACAUGGCCCAACCAUUUAUACUCAGACCCGGUAUACCACCACCUACUUCUGUCAUGCACCCUGCUGCUGCCCAGUUGCCAGAUAUUCGUCAUUCCCAACAAAAAAUGAUGUCACAACAACAAAGAUUGCAAUUAGAUAUACCACAAAUGCAGGUUACAACUGCGCAACAGCAGCCAUUGUCCCAUUCUCAAACACCAUUGAGAAAAGAACAAAAAAUACCUCAAACGGAGGCAACAAAGUCAUCACCAACUAUGCGUGAUCCACCGCAUUCACUGCGACCCCCAUUUGCAAUUCAUCAAGCAGGACCACCCCCACAAUUGCAUCCAUCUACACAAGCAACUUCUCAUCCUUCAUAUGGUCCACCAUUCACUGCUUCUCCUGUGCAUAGGUCAGAACGAGGAGAAAGGAUUGUUCGAAUGCCGAGCGAAAUAUCUCAAAUUGACAUGGUUGAUCAACAUUUCAGACAAUCUGGCAUUCCUACAACACCACCUCGUGCCAGUGUUCCCUCAACAAAUUAUCAGCCACAAACAGAUAAACCAAGACAAUUGGUUCCACCAAAACAAGAACAUGCCAAUGUUCCUCAAUCUCUUCCACAUCAUGUUUUGUAUCCACAGUCAGUUUUUCAAAGACCAGGACUUGGAAUGCCUCAUCCUCAUGGCUUUCGUUUACCCGCAGGAAUCAGAUAUCCAACUUCUCAGGCUGAUACUAUGUGGCUAAGGCCGGGAGCUAAUUUCAGGCCACCAACUGUUCCACCUAAUCUUGCACAGCAGCAGCAUUCUUUAUACGUUAGUGCAGCAGAAGCAAAUCGCCCGACACCGCAUCUCACGCCAGCACGUUCUCCUCAUCCGAGGUUACCGAGUAGUCAAGCACCACAGAGCACUCCUCCACCUUCUACAACACCAAAACCAGCGUCUUCUGCUCCUCCAAACGACCAAGUUAUGGAUUUAUUCCAGCGUUAUCCUGUGAUAUGCAAGGUCUUUUGGCAUUACGAAAUGAUUCAGCGGCUGUGCAAACUCAUUUUAUAUGUGGUGAUCUCGGACUAGCACAGGCUUGUUUGCCGAAACCAGAUGCCAGUCAGACCGAGACAGACAGAGAAAGGAAUUUAGCUGUACUCAGAAUCGUUCAAAGAAUGAGGCUAGAGCCUCCUCAACUCGAGGGAGUGGAUAAAAGAAUGACG